GCGAGUGGAUGUUAACGAUAAGUUGUUAAAAGUUGUUGGUUUUUUUUUUGGGUAAAAUGAACUGUUUACCGGAUAUCGAUGUGGACCGGCUGAUCUGUGCUGUGCAAUCUAAACCGGUACUGUGGGACAGAACGUGUGAAAAGUACAAAGACAAAUUCAAGACGCAAGAAGCGUGGAAAGACGUUUGUAUUGAAAUUGUGACCAAUUUUGUCGAAUUUGACGACAUUAAAAAAGCCGAAAUGGGUAAACAGGUUCUAAAGAAAUGGACGCAAGUGAGGGAUUCAUAUCGAAAAUCAAUUGCUAAAACUAAGGCAAAAUCAGGAGCAAGGGCAUCAAAAGCGAAAGCCUACAUUUAUGCAUCUCAGUUGCAGUUCCUGGACAAGAUAUUUGAAGAAAGAGAAACAGAGGAAACUCUCUCUGAAAAUUUCGAUGAUAAUAGUGCUGGUGUUGCGCAUAUUACUGUUAAAAAUGAGAAUAUACAGUCAUUUCCAAACAUACUACAUUAUGCUGAUGCAACCAACAAUCCUGAAUCAUCCUUCAAGAAGCCUACAUCAAAAAGAAAGAAGAUGGAUCCUGUUGAAUUAGAAAUCAUUGCAGCUCUGAAGGAAAAACCAAAUAGGCACCUUUUAUUUUUCAAAGGAUUGCUCCCUUCUCUUGAAGAUUUCGACGAGGGUGAUACACUUGAUUUUCAAAUGGAAGUGCUAAAAAUCGUGAAAAAAAUCAGGCAGCGGAAGCAUUCUCUUCCUUUUGUGUCGGAUAUACCAGACGCUCCACCAACAGAUGCUUCAUCUGCUACUCCACCGAUGGUCGCUAAUCGGCACACGCACAAUCCUCACCUGAAUGCUCCCCACAGUUCUUCUUCCAAUGAGAGCUCCGAAAAUCCGUUUCAUAUUUUAUAG